CUCUCGGAGUUUUCCUUUCCUUUUUUUCUUAUUCCCACCUCAUGCUCGACAGGUCUUGACCGACUCUUGUCUGUGUCUUGUCUACCUCUAUCGACUGACUCCAAACGCGAAAAGGCGCACGCCAUCCUCGUCUGGUUGUCUUCCAACCCUCAACAAAUCUCUACACCAAGAAACCCCCCCCUUUUAUUUUCCUUCUCCAUCUGUCGGACGUCCUGCGUCUCCCGCCGCUCCCCUCGCGACAAUGACCGCUCCCGAAUCCCCCAUGGCACAGUCGUCUGCCAUCCCGGCCUCGGCUAGCAACAAGGACCAGAUGGCGGCGACGCGCCGGCGCAGAAAGUCGAGCGUGCGAGGCCACGGCCACACCCACGAUCCCACGGCGCGCCAGUCCUCCAACAAGCAGGACCAGCUCGACAUGCUCUCCAAGCGCAGCCGUGCCCGCGCCAUCCUCCGCCGCUGCAAGCAUAUCGCUGUCAAGCACACCUGGACCACCCCGCUCGUCCUCAUCCUCGCCUUCCUCUCCAUCUACGCCGUCAACCCGACCGAGUCCAACAUCGUCCACCACUUCAUCUUUCUCUCCUACAAGGUGCCCCAGCAGGGCCUUGACGCCGUCGCCGGCAAUGCUGCCGCCGACCCCGACGCGCCCGCGCAGUAUGGCAAGGGUCUCUGGGAUAUCGCCUUUGUCUGCUUCUACGCCACCGUCCUGUCCUUCACGCGCGAGUUCAUCAUGCAGGAGCUCCUCCGCCCGCUGGCCAAGUUCUACGGCAUCCGCUCCCGCGGCAAGCAGCUGCGCUUCAUGGAGCAGGCCUACACCGCCAUCUACUUUGGCAUCCUCGGUCCCUUUGGCCUGUAUGUCAUGAGCCGCACCCCGGUGUGGUACUUCAACACCACCGGCAUGUACGAGUCAUUCCCGCACAAGACCCACGAAGCCGUCGUCAAGUUCUACUACCUGUUCGAGGCCGCCUAUUGGGCCCAGCAGGCCCUCGUCAUGCUCCUUGGCCUCGAGAAGCCGCGCAAGGACUACUACGAGCUCGUGGCCCACCACAUCGUCACCCUGUCGCUCAUCGGUCUGAGCUACCGCUUUCACUUCACCUACAUGGGCAUUGCCGUCUACCUGACCCACGAUAUCAGUGACUUUUUCAUGGCUAUGUCCAAGUCCCUCAAUUACAUCGACAGCCCAAUCACCGGGCCGUGGUACUGCCUCUCGCUGGCCUCGUGGAUCUACCUCCGCCACGUCAUCAACCUUAAGAUCCUCUGGUCCAUCCUUACCGAGUUUUCUACCGUCGGCCCCUAUGAGCUCAACUGGGAGACGCAGCAGUACAAGUGCUGGAUCUCCAAGACCAUCACCUUCGGUCUGCUCGGCCUGCUGCAGUCCCUCAAUCUCUUCUGGCUGUUCUUCCUCGUCCGCAUCGGCUACCGCUUUGUCUUCCACGACGUCAAGCAGGACGACCGGUCCGAGGCCGAGGACUCUGAGGCCGAGCCCAUGGAGACGAUUGACGAGCUUUCCAAGGUCGAUGCCGCGCCGAUUGUUACCGGCGAGGCCGCUCACGCUGCGCAGGCUGUUGUGAACGGCGUCGCCAAGGCUGCUGGUGGCGGCGUCGCGUCACGGACCCGGAGCCGACGCGCCGCGUAAAAGGGCGUUGCGAAGUAGCAUUUCGUCCGAUCAAUCAGUAGCAGCCCCGAUCUGAUCUGUGAGCUCGUCGGAGCUCGAUAUUUGUACAUGUAGUAUAUUUAAUAAUGCCUAAUGUGUAAUGACAAUGAAACAUGCUG